CCUUUUGUCUCGUGUUAUUGUCUGAUGCAGUUAGCUAUAGCCACAGUGAAGUGUGAAUAGGUUUGAGCUUCCCAAAUCAACAUUUCGUGUAAAUAUAAAUACCAAUUAAAUUAAACCAAAGCGCCAAAAUAAUGAGAAGAGUAACGCUAUUUGUAAACGGGACGUCCAAAAAUGGCAAGGUUGUAGCUGUGUAUGGGACCUUGCCAGACCUGCUAUCUGUAGCAAGCAAUAAGUUAGGAAUCAAAGCCUCGUGUCUGUACAAUGGAAAAGGUGGUCUCAUAGAUGACAUCGCCCUGAUAAGGGAUGACGACGUGCUGUACGUGUCAGAAGGAGACAGUUUUGUUGAUCCACAAAGUGAUGUGAAGCCAAUGCUGGAACUACAGGGUUCUCAUACUGACUGGAUAACCCUGAAUAUUGGUGGUCGGCUUUUUACUACAACUAGGAGCACUUUGGUCAGCAAGGAGCCUGACAGUAUGCUUGCUCACAUGUUCAGAGAGAAAGAUGUGUGGGGGAACAAACAGGACGAGAAAGGAGCUUACUUAAUCGACCGCAGCCCUGAAUACUUUGAACCCAUUCUCAACUACUUGAGGCAUGGGCAGCUCAUCGUCAAUGAAGGCAUCAAUAUCCGAGGUGUACUUGAAGAGGCUCGCUUUUUUGGGAUUGAGCAACUUGCUGAACAACUUGAAAUGACAGUUAAGAGCUCACAACCAGCUGAUGACCACUCUCCCAUUUCUCGAAAGGAGUUUGUACGUUUUCUUUUGACAACACCAACUAAGUCUGAGCUCCGUUGUCAGGGUCUUAAUUUUAGUGGGGCUGAUUUGUCUCGACUUGAUUUGCGAUACAUCAAUUUCAAGAUGGCCAAUCUGAGCCGCUGUAACCUGUCUCAUGCUAAUUUGUGUUGCUCCAAUCUUGAAAGAGCAGAUCUUUCGGGAGCGAACCUCGAUGGGGCAAACUUACAAGGAGUGAAGAUGCUUUGUUCCAAUGCUGAAGGAGCUUCUCUCAAAGGAUGUAAUUUUGAGGAUCCAUCUGGACUGAAAGCCAAUCUGGAGGGGGCCAAUCUGAAAGGCGUGGAUAUGGAGGGAAGCCAGAUGACUGGGAUCAACCUGCGUGUGGCCACUUUGAAAAAUGCCAAGCUGAAGAACUGUAACCUGCGGGGAGCCACAUUAGCAGGCACCGAUCUUGAGAACUGUGAUCUAUCGGGCUGCGACUUACAAGAGGCAAACCUUAGAGGCUCCAAUGUGAAAGGAGCCAUUUUUGAAGAAAUGCUGACGCCGCUGCACAUGUCCCAGAGUGUCAGAUAACUUCAUGGAAGUACCCUCUCCUAUCUGCUUGUUUCCAAUGCUUCCUAUAUUCUGUUUCCCUUUGUGUGCUAGGAAAACAGACUGAUAGGCUUUCCCUGACAUUCCACCUGCAUCAAGUUAGCUUUACAUAUCUUGCACUAGAGUCAAUGCAGGGUUGGCCUUGUGUGUAUGUUUUAAUAAUAGGAUGCACAAGCUGCAUGCAUCACCAAAACAAAAUAACCUUACUUGUGUACUUGUGUAUGGAUCCAAUCCAUUCACAAUCUAUAUUUAGCAUUACUAUCAUCACAUUAUUUUAUUACGGGAGUCAUGGUUUAUGUGUGAAGUAGCUUUAUUUAAUGCUGCUGAAAAUGGCUACUAUAAAAUAGCCAUGUACUUUAUGGUGUGCUACUUAAUUUUGCUGGAUCCACAUGUUUAAAUAGUAACACUAACCUACCCAAAGCCAUACAAUUAGCACAGUCUAAAAGACAUCUCUGUAAUGGGCUAAACUUAAACUAAAUCUGGGUAUGCAAUACAUCUUUUACACCUCUCUUUUCUUUGUUUCUGAAAACCUAAAAGCUUUUUUCUUGUUUUUUUGUGUGAAUCUACCUCUUUUUGGUAAUUUGUUGUCAGUGAUUCACAAUUGCAUGCAUUUGUGGCACUACUUAUUGUGUUGAUAAACUCAGUGUAACUUGUUCAUUUCUUUUGUGAGAAAAGGAAUACCUUCUCUAACAAGAAAAUGCUGUUGAUGCAAUCUGUGUUAUGUGAUCUUGCCUGUAGACAAACUGUAUAUUCAUAUAUCACUUGUACUUGCUUUUGACAUGUUUGCACAAGUUUGUGUUUUAUCAUGUUUCCACCAAAUGAAUUCAUUUGAUGCUUGUAAUCCUAGUGUAAUUUAAAUCCAGUGCUUCCAAUAUCUUCCAAAAACUUUAUCAGAAAAGACCAAUGAUGUCAGAUUUUAAAGAAGAAACAAUCUUCACUUAUUGCAUGUGUAAACUUAACUCAAGCCUGAAGCUGCUCAAAUGCAAUACUUAAUUUGUGUAUUAGAAGGUACUGAGGCUGUGAGAAUGAACGAUGAAGGCAAUCAUGUGUUUUAACCUUGAGCUGGACGUGUGUGAGAGUUAUUUAUUGUAAAAUGCAAAGGAGCAAAGGUUUUGUUGUGUUUGGGUGCGGAGACAUCCUCCCUCUCUCUGAUUAUUGCACUUUGGAAAUAUGUUUCCAUAAAAGACUGUUAUAAAUAAAAUGCUCUGAAGAAGAU